AGCCUCCCUGGCUCAAGCCCUGCAGCCUGUGCCGCUGGCCCCGCGCGCCCCUCGCACGUGCUGAUGCCGGGGGUGCGAGGAUCGGAGUGCAGCGCAUGGAGUCGACGUUCGUGACAGCCUUCAACUCGUGCGGGUCCCCGAAGGACGUGCAGAGGAACGCCGAGGCCGCCGGGCUCUCCGCGUCGGACGCGGCCAGGCUGCUGUACAGCGCGGGCGACCGCGUGUCCGUGGACCUGCUCGGCCAGUGCCUGGGCGACCACAGACCCUUCGGUCGCCCCUUCGAAGAGGCCGCGGUGGGCUGGUACGUGGAGCAGCCGCUGUCCAACAGUGGCCAGCCCUGCUGCAUCCAUUGCGGCGUCCUCGGCGACCAGGAAGGGCAGGAGGUGCUGGUCUGCGAGGGCUGCAGGCUGAUAAGCUUCUGCAGGAGGUGUCACAUGACUGCCUCUCGCCAGGGGCACGUCGACAAGGGCUGGUCAUGCUUCGGCCGCGCAUGCGCCGCUGCAAUCCGGGAGUCCCAGAAGCUUCCCAGGGACGUCAACCUCGACUUCGACCUGAAGGUCGGGGGACGUUAUGUCGACGUGACGGUGCCAAAGGACAGUUUGCUGUGGGAGCGCGCCAGCCCCUUCCGGACGGAGGACGCGGUGAUGAUUUUAUCGUUUGCCAUCAUCAUGCUGACCACAAAUCUGCACUCUGUCAAGAUCAAGAAAGAGAAGAAGAUGCAGAAGCACGAGUUCCUCGCGCAGCUCCGCGAGCAGAACGACGGCUCCAACUUCCCGGGCGAUUUCUUGUCGCAGAUCUACGACAAUAUCAAGCAGAAUGAGUUCAGGGUGGACACCGCAUCUACUGCCCCCUCGCGCCCGCCUGCCGAUGUGCCGAGGCGCACGGCGUCGGCGGAGCGACGCUUCGGCCACCGGCGCGUGCGCAGCGACGGGGGCGCCUCCAUGCUGCGGCGCAGCAGGCCCCCGAGCCAGGAGCCCAGGCCGUGACGGGGCGCCUUCGGGCGGGCCGCGGCGCCCGAGAGCCCCUCAGCGGCCGGCUCCGCGGGCGCCCGUGCGUUGUCGUGAGAGGAGGCCUGCGCCGUUGGUGCCUGGAGCUCUCUAGACGGCCCCGGAAAAGUC